CAGCUUAAGACCCGGAAGCAUAAACGUGAAAAUUGUAAACACGGCUGCGAAAGCUGUGUAUUCGUUUGUGAAAGAUGGUGUACGUGUCCAACGGUCAGAUCCUGAACAGCAGGGCCCAGUCCCCAUGGAGGCUGUCGUUACUGGUUGAUCUUUUCUGGGGAGCAGUGGAGUUUAUUGGCCUCUUUUUUAAGACAAUAAUUCACCCUGACCUAUCAACCAGAGCUUCGUCAAGCUUCAGUGAUGGCAGAGGCCCUCCAGGUCCCCCUGGUGGUAGAAGGCGGAUGGGAAGAAUAACCUAUAGUGCCGGUCCCAGCCCUCCACCAAUGGGUGGAGGAGGAUGAGGAAGGUAAAUGCCUACACAUGCAGUGUAGGCAUGGGGUCUUACAGUGUCGGUUCCCUGAGAACGUCAGUGCUGUAGCCCCUCUUCAUCAGCUGCCACUGCUACCAGCAGUUUUUUGAUGCCUUUCUGGGAAUACCUACACAUAGGAGCCAGAAUGGUUGAUACAGCAGCUAUCUGCACCACUCCCCACACUUUUUUUUUUAUUUUUUGCUUCUGCCUUUUACUGACUUCAAACUUCAUUCUGGUUACGGUCAAAGCAUAGUUUGGUUUGUCUUUAUUUUUACAUAAAAAUCUGAGUUUAGUUUGUCUUUUCACAGCUGAAUGUCAUUAUGUUUUAGCUUUGCUGUAUGUAAAGCAGGAGGAUACCAAAAGUUCAAAAUUGUUUUUAUUCCAAUUUCAUAUUAUUUAAUGUUAAAUCGAAUCUAAAAUGUUGAUUAAAAAUAAUGUAAUCCUCAAA